CGGGAGCGCGCGGCAGGCGGAGCCGUCGGGGCUGGCCCGGGGAAUGGGAUCCUCCUCCCGCCUCCCUCUUGCGCGUGGCUCAGACGUCAGGAGGAGCCCAAGCCGGCAGGAGGCAGCGCCCAUCCACCCCGCGGCCAGACGGUGGGUGGCUGCCGGACUGGGCAGAGAGGCGGCGGCGGCGGCGGCAGGCGCUUGGUGGGCUUAGGGGAAGGCAAGGCAAGGCAAGGCAAGGCAAGGCGGAGCAGGAGAGAGCGGAGGGGAGAGGCCCGGGGCGGUCGCGCCUUCGCUGGCCAUGGCCGACGUCUUCCCUAGCCCAGAGCCCGGCUCGGGUCCCGAUGCGGCGCAGCGCUUCGCCCGCAAAGGGGCCCUCCGGCAGAAGAACGUGCACGAGGUGAGGAACCACAAAUUCAUCGCGCGCUUCUUCAAGCAGCCCACCUUCUGCAGCCACUGCACCGACUUCAUCUGGGGAUUUGGGAAGCAAGGGUUUCAGUGCCAAGUUUGCUGCUUUGUGGUCCACAAGAGGUGCCAUGAAUUUGUUACCUUUUCAUGUCCUGGAGCUGACAAGGGACCUGACACUGAUGAUCCCAGAAGCAAGCACAAGUUCAAAAUCCACACCUAUGGAAGCCCAACAUUCUGUGACCAUUGUGGGUCAUUGCUUUAUGGACUUAUUCACCAAGGGAUGAAAUGUGACACCUGUGAUAUGAAUGUUCACAAGCAGUGUGUAAUCAAUGUCCCAAGUCUUUGUGGGAUGGAUCACACAGAAAAAAGGGGGAGGAUCUACUUGAAGGCUGAAGUGAAUGGUGACAAGCUGGAGGUGACAGUGCGAGAAGCAAGAAAUCUAAUCCCUAUGGAUCCAAAUGGACUUUCAGAUCCAUAUGUGAAGCUGAAACUUAUUCCAGAUCCUAAGAAUGAGAGUAAGCAAAAAACAAAAACUAUCCGUUCUACACUUAAUCCUCACUGGAAGGAGACAUUCACAUUCAAAUUAAAGCCUACAGACAAAGAUAGGAGGUUGUCUGUGGAAGUCUGGGACUGGGAUCGAACAACUAGGAAUGAUUUCAUGGGCUCUCUUUCUUUUGGAGUGUCAGAACUCAUGAAAUCACCAGCUUGUGGAUGGUACAAGCUGCUUAACGAAGAAGAAGGCGAGUAUUACAAUGUUCCAAUACCAGAAGCUGAUGAUGAUGGAAACGCAGAAUUGAGACAAAAGUUUGAGAAAGCCAAGCUUGGACCUUCUGCUAACAAGGUCAUAACUCCAACUGAAGACCGGAGCUUACCAUCCAAUAACCUUGAUCGAGUUAAGCUGGAAGAUUUCAAUUUUCUCAUGGUGCUUGGAAAAGGAAGUUUUGGGAAGGUGAUGCUAGCAGAACGGAAAGGAUCAGAUGAACUGUAUGCAAUAAAAAUAUUGAAAAAAGAUGUGGUGAUUCAGGAUGAUGAUGUAGAGUGUACCAUGGUUGAAAAAAGAGUCCUUGCCUUACAGGACAAGCCUCCUUUCCUUACACAGCUCCAUUCUUGCUUCCAAACGGUGGAUCGCCUGUACUUUGUCAUGGAGUAUGUGAAUGGUGGUGACCUAAUGUAUCAUAUCCAGCAUGUAGGAAAGUUUAAGGAGCCCCAAGCAGUGUUCUAUGCAGCAGAAAUCUCAGUUGGGCUUUUCUUCCUCCAUAAAAAAGGAAUUGUUUAUCGGGACCUGAAAUUAGAUAAUGUAAUGUUGGAUCAUGAAGGACACAUCAAGAUUGCAGAUUUUGGAAUGUGCAAGGAGAAUAUGAGUGAUGGCGUAGCAACGAGGACCUUCUGUGGGACUCCAGACUACAUUGCUCCUGAGAUUAUUGCCUAUCAGCCAUACGGGAGGUCAGUGGACUGGUGGGCCUACGGUGUAUUGUUAUAUGAAAUGCUAGCUGGUCAGCCUCCAUUUGAUGGUGAAGAUGAAGAUGAGCUCUUUCAGUCAAUAAUGGAACACAAUGUUUCUUACCCCAAAGCUAUGUCCAAAGAAGCCGUUUCAAUUUGCAAGGGGUUAAUGACUAAGCAUCCUGCAAAACGUCUUGGAUGUGGUCCCGAAGGAGAGAGAGACAUCAGGGAGCAUGCCUUCUUCAGGAGAAUUGACUGGGAGAGACUAGAAAACAGAGACAUCCAGCCUCCUUUCAAGCCUAAAGUGUGUGGCAAGGGCGCUGAAAACUUUGACAAGUUCUUUACCAGAGGACAACCCGUGUUAACACCACCUGAUCAGCUUGUCAUUUCUAAUAUAGACCAAACGGAUUUUGAAGGGUUCUCCUAUGUGAACCCACAGUUCAUCCAUCCCAUGUUGCAGGUUGAAGUAUGAAAAUUGUAGACACAGAGAAGCCACACAAUGAAAAAUUGUUCAUACCCUGAAGUUUUUAGACCUUUGCCUUCUUUAUUCCAUUGGGUCUAAAAAUUGUAAGGGUAAGAAAUAUUUUUUUUAAAAAAAAAACUGAGGUUUACAAUGAGAAAUAUCCGGUCUUAGGCAAUUACCACAUACUACCCAAUGUAUUUCAUCUAGAAUUCACUGCUGCUUUUAGGUUAAACUUACAAAGCUAACCUUUGACAUUUUUAUAACCUUACUGUUUCCCUUUGUAUCCUGUAACUUCGGAAUUUCCUUUUUAUGAUGUUAAUAACCCAUUUAAGCAUUUCAUGUAGGCUUGGGGAAAAAAAUACUUAGUCAUUUGAAAAUGUGGAUCUGAUAGGUUGCAUGCAUAGCCAUGUGGGACCAGGCCCUCUCCUUGGUAUCACAUGACAGGAUGAAGACCUGAAGAUGUAAAAUACUUGGAAUAGAGAAAGGAUAUGAACAAAAGAAAUGCCUCAGUGCUUCAGAUGAGGAGGUACUUAUCAAAACGAAUGAACAAAUCGAGUUCAUAAAAUCUUCUAAAAUACGUUGAUCAAAGCUGGAGACACAUGUAUAAAUUUCUCACUAUGAAAUGGGGGAAAAGGAUAUUUGGGACUAAUACUGACUAGACUCUGUGAUGAACUAGCUAAAAAGUAAAACAGUACUGAUAUGUGUGUUAAUUUUAAUCUCCAUGAGAUUAUACUGUGAUCCAGGGUGCCAUUUUAAUGUUUAAUUUACACAGCUAUUCAAGUUUAUGUCAUGCCAGUUCCCAAACUUGAUUUGGAAAUGUUUCUCAUCGUGACUCCGAAAUGAAUCUAUACAUCUCUCACUCCUUGGUUUAUACUAAUUUAUUUAGUAAGCUGCAUGACGGAGUAUUAAAAGUGUUUGUACAUUAAAUUAAUAGAGGUGUAGGGUUCAGAAUGUCUCUGAUUUUCCAAAAUAAUUAAAGAUUUUUUAAAAAGCAUUUAACUUUGGCUUAAGAGACCUGAAACUGCGGGGGGAGGGGGAGUGAGGGUUUGAAAAACAAAACUGAAGAUAUUUUCUUCAGCUGCAGUCAUCCUGAAUGAAAUUGUUGAAUACAUUUUUGAAUAUGCAUCAUGCAAUGAAUUUUGCAUGCUAAUAAUAAGCAUUAUUAUUAUUAUUGAAUCUAUAUUAUGGAUAAUUGUAUCAAGUAUGAACAUAAUAACAAUAUACAGUACUUUUUUAAAUAAGACAAAACUGUGCUAUAUUUGUGAAGGUUCUUGGAUGACAAUUUCUUUAAAUAUAGAAUUAGUUUUUAUUAAUGUUUUUUUGUUUUUGUUUUAAAUUCUGCAUAAUGUUGAUAGUUUAGGGAAACCUACACUUUAUUCUUCUGUAGAUCUACAGCUAAGUUAUCAUGACUAUCUGCAGGUUUUCUGUAAAGCACAGUCAAAAAGUACUACGCAUGCAUGUGAAACAUGCAUGUGUCCAAGUUUUAAAUUUUAUUUUUUGGGUUUAAGAGCUGCCCCCAAGCUACAAAACAAAAACUCUUCUGGUGCAUGGAAGGGUAUUUCACCUGUCCCUGGAAUCCAUUUAACAGUGGUUGAGCACUAGAUCCUUAAGUAGAGAUAUGUUUUUAUUUCAGGGCAUUUAAAGAGCAGCUCGAGGAUUUUGUAUUAAAGGGGAAGAGGACUUGAACAGGAGACUUUGGGAAUAACUGGCUGCUGCCUCAGAACACGUACAUUUCUUUCACUGAGAGGUGGCUAUAUUUGGUGGUUAUUAUACAUCCAUUAUUCCUGGCAAAUGAAAAGAAAAAUAAGUCAAGCCAAUAUGUAAUCAGUCUUUCCCAGUAGUGCUCUAGUCCUCUUGUUUUAAAUUAUUCAUAUUUCCCUCCUUCUUAUUUAUUUAUAGAAGAUUCUGGUUUUUAAGACCAGUAAAUAUUUCAUUUGCAUGUUUGGCAUGCGGUGGGAUAGGUACUCCCUUUCCCUGUGUUGUUUCCCUUUGUAAGAGUUCUAAACAUGGAUACUAAAUGUGUGUACGUCAGUGCCAGCAUCUUUUUUGUGUUUGUUGCCCAAUGAAGGGGCCAUCUCCCUGCCUUUUUUUUUUAAGUAUGAAAGUAUGGUCUCCAAGUAAACUCCUUCCCAGAAAAUCACCAUGAAAUCUCAAACAGAGAUUUCCAGAUUUAUUCUAAAAUGGGGUUGAUUCUACAACUCCGAAUGGCGCCAGAUGAUUUCAUGAAUUCUGUCUUGAAAAUUUUUUUUGCUCCCUCAAGUUGAUCCAUCCUUCUACAAGGUCACUUCGGACAUUCUACCUUACCAAGAAUAUUCUGUAUCUUUUCCAAAGAUAUUUCCUUCUUCCCCAUUCAGCACUUAGAUAGGGCAUAUUCUUCAACACCAUUAUUCCCUUUUCCACUUCUCUAGGAGAGUGGUUCCCAACCUUGGGUUAAACCAGAUAUUCUUAGGAGUCCCAGAACCUCCAGGCAACACACUUGGUAGUGAAGGCUUCUGGGAACUACGGUCCAAGAACACCUGGGUCACCCAAGGUUGGGAACCGCUGUGCUAGGUGAUCACAGAGGAAAAUGCAGACCUCUGAAAGACAUGUCACUUCUAGUCUUUCACACAUAUAUCUCUAAUUAUUUAUUUAGUUAGUUUAGUCUGUGUUUAGCAGCUGAAAACCAAACAAGUAGGUAGAAAAUAUCCAUAGGGGUAAAUCCAGAAAGGUCAAUCAUUAAAACACCUGAGUUAAACAGCUGGAGGUGUUUGUGCCCUGGAAGUAAACAAGAGGUUUGAAAGCUGUAGGAGAGAACCAUUGCUGUGAAUAAGAGACAAUUAAUAGGAAAAAUGCAAAUGUAUUUAUUCUCUAGCUAUAGAUAGGAGUAUGAAGCAAGACUGUAUUCAGGGUAGGUUGAACAUUGAUGGAUGCAUAUAAAAAUGUUAUAUUUUUACAUUGUUCAGAAUCCUGUUAUUUGCAUUCACUAUGAGAACUUCAGCAGUAUAAACUUCAGCAGUGAGGGGGCUGCUAGUUAAGAAUUAGCACUUGUGUUACUUGUUGCAAACCAGUUGCAUGAGUUAUAAUAAUAAUUUUAAAAACCACAUUAACAGUCUUAGAACUGGGGAGCUGGAAGAGACCCUGUGGAUCAUAGAGUCCAGCCCCUGUCAAAGAGCCACAGUAGCAAACUGAACCCCCAUCCUCUACCUAAACCACUGAACUAUCCAGCGUUGCUAUGGAACAAGGCAUACAGGCACCAAUUUCUUAAGUAGCAGCAACAGGCCACUAACAUUUUGGGCUUAAUACCCAUGUAAAUAUUCAGUUGGACUCUGGCCAGUAGAAGUGUUCAGCUAAGUUUUGACACUACCGUAUUUAUGUUUUCCUCUUUUCUUAAAAAUUAUGACCAUUUUGGAGAACGUUAUGUCUGCUUUGCCAUUAUUAAGCAGGUAAUUUUGAAUGCUCAGUUUAAAUGCUUUGUGGCUUAUCUGUAAUUGGAAUAGCCUGGCAAAAAUUAAAAAAAAAUAUUAAAAAGUAUCCCAUUCAUUCAAUACGUUUCCUGCCAUUGGAAGAACACAAUUCUAUCAGCGAUGGCAUUCUUGGAAGCAUAAUUAUGCACAGAAAGUGACUAUCAACAUUAUGUGAGGUAAACUUGUUUCAGGACAUUUCGUUCACAGAAAUUUCUUAUUUUUUUUCUAGAACAUUAAACACAGUCUGGCACAGUCAGAUCCAUUUCGGUGGGACUGAUGUGUGGCGUAUAUUGAGUCACAACAAUACCUUUAUUAGGGUGCCAAAAAAGUGAAUAUGCCAUGUUCUUGGACUAAUAAACAAGAUGACACAUCUCUGUCCUGUGGAGCAGAUGAUCUAACACCUAGAGUGUAAAGAUACCUGUUCAGUUGAGGAAAAGUACUUGCCUCUGUGGUGAAACAUCCACUUUGCUCAUUCACGUCCCUGCAUUUAACCUGAAGCAUGUCUAGUUAAAAGGGUUCCAAUCCCAGGGAAAGGGAAAGUAUCUCCCUGACCUCCUGGAGAACUGGUGCCACUCAGGGUAGAUUGCAAGGAGCUAGAUAGACAAAUAGUUUGACCAGGUAUGUUUUUGUGGCUCUAUGUACUAGAGAGAGGUUGAAGAGAGCAGUUGUGUGAAGGAAUACGAAAAUCAUAAUCUAAGAAAGCCAAAUCAAACAACGGGUAGUAGAUGAUGAUGAGUGGAAUUUAGAUUAUAACAUAUAUGUGGAAAUGUAUCAUAAUAGUGCAUAGAAUCAGUGAUAAUUAGUUCUUGUCAGGGGGGCUGUUAUUAGUGUGAUCAACUGUUUAUUUCUGUUUCAUGCAUGUAUUACACAGGACUGCAAAAUCUAGUCACUUCCUGUUUUUUUUCUUCCCUAGCCAGUAAAUACAGUAGUAUUCUUAUAUGAACUUUUGCUGGAUCUGAAAUUUGUCCACUUUGAAUCUUGCUCUUCUGAAGUCUCAGCUUAGUCCAGUAUGAAGUGUUCAAACUUCUUGAAUAAGUAGGGGAUCAUCAGUUACACACAAUCAUGUGUGUUUAGCAAAGUGAUAAGCAUUACAAGGAUGCAGAGAGGACUUGGCAGAGAAAGUAUUUUAAACAACAGUGAAACAAGAUAAACACCCAACACCUAGUUUCUUUGAUAGCAAAAAAUCCCCUAACCAGACUUUCUUUAGAAUGCUUGUGUAUCAAGUGCAAAACAUUAGAAUGGUCCUGGUCUGCAGUCAUAAGAGCCAAUACAGUGAAUAUAACACUUGCUUAAGAAGCCAUUGUUCUCUUAGGCUUGAUGCUUCAUUCACUGUAGAGCUAACAAAUAGAGGGAAUAUAUCUUCUCAGCCUGCAGUUUAACACUCACACAUUUUUCUUGACUUGAAAGUUAAAAUGGCAUAUCAAAACUUUAGUGAAUAUCUGUUUAUCAUUUUGCUAUGCCCUGUAGAAUUUUCAUUUUUUAUUUUUUAUUUUUGCAGUAAGAGACAGAAGACAAGGCAUAUAAUGCAGGAAUUCAGCAAAGGUUUUUUUGACAGUGAUGAAAUCUGAUAUGUUGAGAGAGAGAGAGGGAGGGAGAGAAAGAAAUAAAGAAUGAGAGAGAGGCCAUUAUGUUGUCUCCGCUUCUUGCUCCAUCCAGCAGCUUUCUGCCAGUGGAGAGCAGUGCUCAUAGGACAGCAACAUGUGUCCAAUAGUGGAAUAUGUAAAACAACACAGGCUUUACAGUAUAAAGUAUUUACAGAGUUCAGGUUAUAAUUUAUGCCCAUCAAAGUAAUUGGAAGGAAAAGUUUGGGAUUUGUUAUUCAUGUUAUCUAAGUAAUUCACAUUAACCGAUUGUCACUAGGAGUUGGUUUUUCCUCCUUCAUCUCUUUACAUCUGUGUCAAUGUGUCAAAUAGCAAAAAUUCAACUGUAGCUACAAUGUUCAACAAACAAAUGUCUUGUUCAACAAAACAGGAAAAGGUGCAAUAUCGUUAAGAAAAAUCUAGUGUCAAAGGUCAAAUCCAUAACCACAAGCUCAAUCUGAAAUGUUUUAAUUAAUGAUUUAGCACUGGUAAUUAUGAUUUCAGAUUAUCACUGGACAGUUGUGCCACUGAAACAUCAUUUUUGUAUAGCCUUAUAGUGAAUAAGGAAACAGGACACUUAAAAACCCUGCUGUUCAUUUUUUAAAACCUUUAAUGGGAGAGGUUCUCAUCGUUCUAUUACAGGUAGGGGAUCUAGGAACAAUGGACUAUCUUUCUCAGCUCUGGAAAUGAUUCAUUCUGUGGCCUUGGGCAAGGUACUAAACCUUUCUGCCUCACUUUCUCCCUGUAUAAGAUGGGGUUAAUAAUACUCAUAUUCCUCACAGGCUGUUGUCAGCUGCUAAGCUGUUGUUCCUAGUACCCUUUCUAAUGUGAAAACAUAUAUAUUAAAAGUGUUACACUUCUUAAUGGGAUUUUAUGUCAGUUUACCUGUUUAGCUGAAUAGGCUUUGCUAUUUGUACUUUUUAUACCAUUUUAAUAAUAUUGCUGGGGGAAAAAAACCUAAGAUAUAUCUUGAUAUAGGAGCUGAAACUCAGUUUAACUCUUGCAAAAGAAAAUUCUUUGUAGGACUGCAAAAUGCUGUUUUUGCAAAAUCAUAGACAGUUUUCUUACUCCUGAGAUUCAAACUCUAUAGAAAUAAAACUCUUAAUACUGUUCAACAGAUAUUUCCAUUUAAGAGUAUUUUACACCGUAGAUAUAUUCUUGCAAUGUUUCCUAAAACACUGGAAGGAAAGGGGGGAAAACCCUUUUGAAAGUAACUGAUUGUGUCAGCAAAAAUCUCAUUUUGCUAGAAAUGCAGUCUGGUUCUGAGAUGUGCUGUGCUUCUUCUAACAUUAGUCAUUAUGACUAUUGCAGAGAAAUGUUUUUUU